AUUAUUAUGUGAGUUUAUUAGAAUGCUAGUGUUGCUCGGCCUCCUUGUGGGCUUUUGCAAUUUGAUCCUAGUCUAAAGAGGCGCGCGAGCACUGGGAGUACACGGCCUACAAUGCGAACCCUGUUUCUGAGGUCUCUUUCUACUUUCUACGUCUGCUGUCUUCUCUUGGAGAGUUGCCUCUCCUCACCUUGGCCUUCGGUCGCCACCUACUCCUCCUCCGUUCAGCUUCCUCAGCCUCAGUCAGGAGAGUUGCCUCUCCUCACCUUGGCCUUCGGUCGCCUCCUACCUUCUCUCCUUACCUUGAGCUCAGCUCAAGCUCGGUACGGGCUCGCCCCGUCUUCUUCCUCGCCCUCGCCUUGCUCUUCUUCCAUGUCUUCCUCUUCUUCGUCAUCUUCCCUCAUCUCCACCCGCAGUCGGUCCUUCUUGUCCACCUUCAGCGAGCAGGCCAGCACAUGCAUCUCUGCGAAUUUACUCAGUGCUAUGAACAGGAAGCUAAGAGAUCGACGCUCUAU